AUGCCACUGACAACAACUCAAAGCACCACUCAUUUGUCAACAGCAUCAUCUACAGUUCAAAUAACAAACGUUUUGCCAUCAACUUCUACAACUUCUACAAGCACAAGUAAUGAUGCUGCAACAACAUCUGAAAUGCCACAGACAUCACCUCUGAAAAGCACUUCGCUUUUGCCAACAACAUCAUCUGUUAUUCGAACAACAACCAUUUUGCCCACCACUUAUUUGUCAACAACAUCAUCUACAGUUCAAACAACAACUGUUUUGCCAUCAACUUCUUUGCCAACAACAUCAUCUACAGUUCAAACAACAACAACUGUUUUGCCAUCAACUUCU